AUGUUAGUUUUAUUCUUACUAUUCUUGGUUGUUCCGGCGGUUUCUGCAAAGGAUCCAAGAUGCCCAAAAAACUUUACUUUUGUCAAAAGAACACUAACUUUUAAGAAUAAUUUUACAAAGGGGUGGUGCUUGGGGAUUUUCAAUGGAACGGAUGUGGGAAAUCGUGACCGAGCCCGCUCAGUCUGUCUCUAUCAUAACGCUUCGCUGAGCAAUCCAGAAAAUUCACAUGAACUUGAGAUUGUUUCUGACGUUAUUCGCGCACGGAACAUUUCCCUCCCGAUUGCACUCGACGGACAACUCUCUCCAAGAUGCAAGGCCCUUAUUUUCAGAGGCGAACAGAGCCAACAAUAUUUUGACCAAAGAACAGAGGAAGGAGAUUGCAAUAUUAACAAUCAUUUGUUUGUAUAUGAUGAUAUCAAUACAGAUACUUUAUUUAUCCGUUCCAAACUAGGUACUUCGGCUGGAACUAAUGGAGGAUACUCCAGUCAGGAGGACGGAGUAAAAUUUCGUUUCACCAGAGAUUGUAACGCAUUAACAGAUGCAUACUAUUACUUUUCUAAUGGAACACAUUUCUAUGCGGUAGAUGGACGAACUGAAUUGCUCGGAUGCUUUGGGGAAAAGGAUAAGCAAAAUAAACACGAAUAUAGUAGUGUUCUUUGUGGAAGAUUCCCUCUCUGAGUUAAUUGAUCAGAAAAGACAGUUGUUAAUAAAUAUUUUGGAGUUGUU